UUGCAAGUUUACAUUCAGUUACCUCGACAUAUAAAGAGGGAAUUCUAGUAACUCCUCAGUUCCCUGUGCGACUCUCAAUCGAAAGGCGCUCAGCGUGUCCAGAAUGAGCUACAAGACGCUGUUUUUCUUUGUUUCAGUUUUCUUCACCACUGGCUAUGCUACCCGCUGGCCUAGGUUCACCGACUGUACGCUUACGGAGUACCUCUGCGAUACGCGUAAGUGCAUGACACAAUUCAUCAAAAACGUUCAAAAUGACACCGAAGGAGAUUGUGGAGUUCAGUACAACGAAACCUUAGCUUGCGUUAUUAUGUCGAACAAGAUUUGUGGUAGAGUGUAUCCAAGCGACUUAUUCAACAUGACGUUGGAUGAUUGGUUACGUGCAGGCAUCAGAGAGGACCAAAUGUGUAAAGAGGCCUUUCUGGGUGAAUUUCUCGUUCCUAUGCAUGCAAGCACUCUGAACGGGUACUGCUCAAGAGUGUUUGUCAACAACACAGAAGCGUGUUUGAAAACUUUCCAUGAUAAGUUUAUGGCUAACAGAUCGGACACCACUCUUUGCGAGGAACAUGCUGAAGCAAAAAGGUGUUGGAUGGAAACCAUUUUGUCCGACUGCAAAUUUCCUACUGAUGUCUUUGAGGUGAUAAAAUUUGAUCUGGUCGACUACAAUCCUUUCUGCGCCAACAAUCGGGAUCCUGGGGCGACCGGAAAUGAUGAGUGCCAUGGCGUGAGGGAUCUAAAGGACGACGUCAGUGCAGCCGCUGUUAUAAAGAUUAAUACAUCGCUGGCUCUGCUUCUUCCUCUUGUGUCAUUUUUGUUCGUACUUAAGGUUUAAGAGAAUCAAAGAAACACUCUCGGGUGAUCUCCAGAUUUUUUAUCUCUCAUCCGUAGCCUUGAUACCGUGAUCCAGUCUGUGCUUGUGUAAACGAUAUUUUUAUAGUUUUUUUUUAAUUUUUUAAAAUUUUUUUUUAUAAAAACUCUCUUGGUGACGUACUUUCGGGCUAUUAGAACCAAGUUGUCACAUAUCAAUUCGAAGCAAUCACAUUAGCCAGUGAGUUUUAAAACCGUAAUACUUUUUCGAUGAAGCCAGUAAAAAAAUAAAAGUUAAUUGGUAAAUCAACAGGAUACGUGAGAUCAAAUAAGCUUUGACUUCGAAAAGUCUCGAGUUUUCAUUAUCCCUGCUGUUUUUCCUUUUACGGUGAUCUAUUGACGUUUAGAUUCUUUCGUGCAUAUUCUACAUGAAAGUGUUUUUUGAUGUUUCUUUUGAUACCGGCGAAAGGAGGUCUCCCUUGUGCAUGCCCAAUGUUUGGGACCGCCGUGUCCCAAUAUAUGUGAAGUAACGACAUUGAAAGGGAUUCUUUUUCGUGAAAUUUUAACAUAUUCAUGUUUGUAUGCACGUUUCAUCUUCAAAACGAGAAAGCAUUUAACUGCAUAUUCCACUUUAUCAGACAAGGAGCAACUGGCAUAUGUCAACAACGAGGUUGUUUAUGGCUUAAAGACUAAAGACUAAAGUCCAAUUUAUCCUUACAAUAUCACUGCUGUAUCCCAUAUUAACUCAUUCUAGUAUAGAAAAAAAAGUGACAAGUGAUGACAACCUUUUUUUUAAAUUUUUUUUUGUUAACAGUGUUUACAUUAGUGAGUAGUGCUCUAUCUCAUUUAAGCCAUGAGGAUAAAGGAAAUGAUAGACAAAGCUCUU